UUUUCUUAUAUUUGUUUUUGUCUUCUUUCUUCUUACGUCCCCCGCCUUCUCUUUUCCCGUGUCUCCAAAACCCACCCAAAUCACCUCUGUUUUUCUCUCCGUUUUUCUAUCUUCCUGUUCUCUGGUUCUUACUCUUUCUCUCUCUAGUUCUCUAUCCUUGGCUCUCUCUCCCUCCCGAUCUUUCUCUAUUUUCCCCUUCAAAGUUGCAGAUCUUCAUCCACUUCAAUUGGGGUCGAUUGUGUUUAAUGUGGAGGUUCUAUUUGGUUUGACAGUGUUGGUUCAAUUGGGUUUGACGUGGUGGUUCAAUAGGGUGGCGGGUGUGGUGCUCGCCUGAAAACACAGAUCCUGAAAAUAUAGAAAACGACUUUUGGGUGUUUUCAGUCAUGAAGGCAUAAAUUUGGAGUAGUGUUUUUAUUUAUUAUUAUUAUUUUUUUCUGGUAUGAAACUGGAAUUCCAUUAAAACCCCACAGCAAAAGCUAGAGCGCAUUCAGAUUACGAGUGUAUUUCGAAAAGUUCCUAUUUUUCCGAUAUAUCCGAAAUUUUGGAAUCGUAAUAAGAUUUGAAAUUCCGAAUUUUUUCGGAUUGGAAUUGAAAGUUUGGAAUUCGGAACACUAGUUUUCGAUCCGUUCCUGCCCUAAAUAUGUUCUUCCAUAUAGUGUUGGAAAGAAACAUGCAGCUUCAUCCUCGUCACUUUGGUCGUAAUCUCCGUGAAAAUCUUGUGGCCAAGCUCAUGAAAGAUGUUGAAGGCACUUGCAGUGGUCAACAUGGGUUUGUGGUUGCAAUUACGGGCAUAGAAAACAUUGGGAAGGGGCUGAUUCGCGAUGGAACAGGGUUUGUCACAUUCCCUGUGAAGUACCAGUGUGUUGUUUUCAGACCAUUCAAAGGAGAGAUCUUAGAAGCUGUUGUUACUAUGGUGAACAAGAUGGGAUUUUUUGCUGAGGCUGGUCCCGUUCAAAUCUUUGUUUCAAACCAUUUGAUACCGGAUGAUAUGGAGUUCCAAUCUGGAGAUAUGCCAAAUUAUACAACAUCAGAUGGAUCAGUUAAGAUUCAGAAAGAUAGCGAAGUUCGGUUAAAGAUAAUUGGAACCCGAGUAGAUGCUACAGAAAUUUUCUGCAUUGGUACAAUAAAGGAUGAUUUCUUGGGUGUGAUAAACGAUCCUGCGACUGCUUAGUGAAGUUGGGAGUUCUGCACGCAUGAUUGGCUUUUGCCUGUUUGCCUUGUGGUUCUGUUGAAUAGCUCAGUAGCGUGGAUUUUUUGUUUUUAAUUGGGGAAGCUUUUACCCAUGCUUGUAAUCCUAUCCUUCAUUUCCAUGAGUGUAAUAUAAUAAUUCUGCCCUUAUAUUUUCAUCUUAUUUCUCCUCACAACAUUCUUAUCUCA